CUGUUCUUGAUUUGAGUGUUUCUUCCAGACUACUGAACCGUGGCCGCAUGUUUGUGUGGUCGGAGGAUCAGGCACGCUUGCUGCUGGGCGCCCCUCCUCGCCGCUUCACCAGUGACUCUGAGGACUAUACUGAGGCUGAGGACAAAGGGAAGGAGCGCCACGAGGGUCACUUGUCCCGUGAAGGCGAUGUGGAGGCUGCUGAGGGCGGAGCAGAAAGAGAGUUAUGGGUGGGAGAUAAACUACUGGAUCUCGGCGCCGGGGAUGGGUACGUCACCCAGGUGCUGGAGCCCGGCGUGCGCCAGGUGUACGCCACGGAGACCUCCAGCGUCAUGAGGAAGCGGCUGCGGGAGAGAGGCUACAGGGUCCUGGACGCCUGGGACUGGGCACAAGAAGCAGGAGACACAGAGUACGAUGUGGUGACAUGCCUUAAUCUCCUGGACCGCUGCGACACUCCCCGCUCCCUCCUGCGAGAGAUCCAUGCCAAGCUGAGCCCUAGCGGCACCCUGGUGGUGGCCCUUGUCCUGCCCUUCAGCCCCUAUGUAGAAACAGGGACAGCAGAUAACCUUCCCUCGGAGGAGCUUGGCAUUGCUGGAUCAACACUGGAGGAGCAAGUCAACUGUCUGGCUACCCACGUGUUCCCCAGCCUGGGCUACACCCUGACACGCUGGUCUCGCCUCCCCUACCUGUGUGAGGGUGACCUGGACCAGGCCUUCUAUUGGCUAUCUGACGUGGUUCUGGUCUUCAGAAAGACUGAUGUAUAUAAUGAGACGGAUGAAGAAGAGCAGUUUUCUGAUGCACUGGAGAGUAUCAAUGUUGAGCUGUGAUGGGUAGAUUUGAUACAUUGUGUACUUACUGCAUUCAUACUUGUAUCUUUAAUAAAAAAAAUCAGAACAUUGCAA